CUUGUGAUUCGGGUGAUUGCGCAUAAAAAUACAUUCGCUGCCUCAGUCGUGCGCUCUGAGGUAACAGUAGCAGCGCUUCAGUCCGGGACAAUCUUACUUCUGCUGCACCACAUCCCACUGGACAGAGCAACAGUCACCGGGCUUUUCAAGAAGAGAGAGAACACUUCUAAAGGCUACAGGUUUAAGUGUAUCACUGGCCAGUAUGACGGAGGUGAUAAACACCUGUGACUCUGCAAUGGGAGACUACAGUGUGAGCGGUGCAUCUGAGGAACAGAACAUCUCUUUUCAGAUUUUCCCAGAUUCCCAGGAACGGUUCCCAAAGCUUUCCAAACGCUUGCCGUCCAUCAUGGUGGAGCCCACUGAGAGUGGGGAGGUAGAGAGCGGGGAACUGCGCUGGCCUCCUGAUGAUCUGAGCCCUACAGAUGACCCAAGAGACAAACAGGCCCAGCCUGCAAGUGACAAGCCCACAGAAGAGGUCGGUAGGGGGAUGGAAAACUAAUGGGCAAUGUUUGGCACCAAUCCAGCCAAUCACUGAAUGUCUUCAUAAUGGACUGGACUGAAUGGGAGACUCCACCAGUUAGGUCUGCCUAUCAUCCCCACUAGAGCCACCCACCUGUUGACCUCCACUCCCCUAGUGGAGUCAAGGCCUGAGAGACUCUCUUACCUGAACUAGCUCACGUGCCAAACUCUAGUGGUAGUCAGCUGCUGUGAUUGAGUUGUAAAUUAUCUCCAAUAACUUCGUAAUCCAUGAUACCCAUUAGAACUCAUCUAUGCCUGGUAAAUUAUUGAUUGGCAUUAACUUAUAUAUUUAUUUGCUUUGGACCAAAGUCUUUCAUUCUUUCCCAACAGAAGUACAAAUCUUCGUGAUCUUUAAGGGAUAGUUCACCCAACAAUAAAAAUUCUGUCACCAUGAACUCACUCUUAUGCUGUUCUAAACCCAUUUGACUUUCUUUUUCCUGUGGAACACGAAAGGAGAAUGUUAGGCAGAAUAUUAGCCUCAGUCACCAUUUACGUUCAUUGUAUGAAAAAAAAGAUAAAGUGGAUGGUGAAGGAGGCUAACAUUCUGCUAACAUUUCCUUUUGCAUUUCAUGGAUGAAAGAUAGUUGUUUGGGUUUGAAACAAAAUGAGGGUGAGUGAACCAUGACAAAUGUAUUCAUUUUGUGGUGAUCUAUCCCUUUAAUUUAAAGUAAUAUAUCCAACAUACAUUAAGAGAAAAUUAAUUUCAAAUAGUACAGAUUUAAAUGAACUACAGUGCAGUGUAAAUGGCUCCUUCCCCAAUGUAGCUUUCAAAUGCUAUGUACAUUAGAUAACAUCUUUCAGUGUGUUUUCACAACUGUUCACACAUUCUGCUGUCAAACAAACAGAAAUAGGAAGUCUUUUUUUAACAUGCUUUCCAUUUGCACAUAUUCUUUGCUAUUUGCAUAAAUUCUCUGUUUAGCACAAGCUGCUGAUUUUGACGAGUGUUCGCCAGAGCUGCUGUAAAUGUGGCUUCCUCUGCCUUAGACAUUGAUCCCUGUAGUUACACCAUUUCUGUCAUAAUUUAAAUUGCAUAACUGUUUUAUGUACAUUUGGACUCUCAUUAUUUUACCCUCAUAUGUAUCUGUCACCCUCCUAAGGCAAAACACUUUGGUGCUUGGGAGUCUGUUAUCUAUUACAAAUCUACUGCCCUUCUUUUGAUGUUUGAGUAUAAGUCCAAAAAUAUGAAUAAUCUGUCCUGGGGGAUGAAAAUGAGUAUGAAUGCAGCACAGAAUCAUUUAGCAUUAAAGUCAGUUAUUUCUACAUGUGUGCACUGAUGAUCCAUUAAAAGAUCAAGAAUCUAACCUUGACAUAUCAGUGACUUCCUGGGCAAAUAUUAGGUCUCAGCCAAAGGCACUCAGUUGAUUACUGUGUUGACACAAGCAAUGAGUUUGGUUAUUGUAGCCCAACAGCAGCUGCGGCUCUGUGCACUUCAAGUUUUCCAGCUCUGCCAGUUGUACUCAAAAUAGUGCUUUCAUCACAGUGCCUCGUGUGAAUGUGAGAAAAAUCCUUAACAGACAAAGCCUGCUGUUUUAAAGGAAUAGUUCAGCUGAAAGAAAUGCUUUCAUUUUUUACACACCCUCAUACUGUUCCAAACGUUUACGACUUUCUUACAUCUGUGGAACGCAAAAGGUGGAGAAUAUCCUAGGCCACUAUUUUCCAUAUAAUGAAAAUUAGUACUUGGGCUGUCAAAAUGUUUUAAAAUUACAAUUUUCUCCACUAACGGUUAGGUUUAGGGUUUGGGUUAGGGAAUAGAGUUUAUAAAAAAUGCAUUCCUGUUGACUGUACACAUCAUUUACAAAUACAACUUGCUUUUGGCACCGCCUUCUGGACUUUCACCCAGAAACUGGUCAACAACACUUACAGUUUCAGCCACUGGGGGCAGUGAUUAAAAUUUCGGUAAGCACAGACCGAUUUCAACAGCACAACUUUCGACCAACUGUCACCAGAUUCACAGUGUGAUUAGUCUGGUUCAUGAGAGAAGUCGUGAUUCAUGAACAAAUAGGUUUUUUUUUUUUUUUAGUCUGAUCCAGUUUUUGAUCUGGUUGCAAUGGUAAACAGCCCACCAGAGAGGAAGAUUAUCUGUGAAUAAUGACUUAAUUUUGGUCUGUUUCUCACACACAGCUGCCUUAGAUUAUUGCAUUUAAGUCAUUUGGAUGAACUUCAAGAUACUUUUUUGGUGCUUUUUUUCUGGACAGUCCCAGUUCUCAUUCACUUUCAUUACAUGGCAAAGAGUGACCAGGAUAUUCUUUAAAAUCCACCUUUUAUGUUCUACAUACAAAAACAAAGAGAAACAAAAAAAGUCAUAGAGUUUGGAACAACAUGAGUGAAUAAUUUAAAUUUUUGGGUUUCAUAUGUUAUUCCUUUACCAAUGCAUUACAUGUCUGAAAAUAAUCUGUUUAAAUUAAUUGGUUCUCUUGGACUGGAUUGGUUUAUUCAAACAUUUUCCCAAAAUGCAUAGCUCUGCUUUUUCCAGGGCUCACCUUUACUGCCUCCUCUCUAAAUGAAGGAGAGAAACAACUAUGUUCAGGUAGAGAGAAAUGUCACUUUGGGUUUGUGCUCUUCAGUGGAGACUCACCCUGGACUGACCACUAAAAGCACAUCGGCAGUGUGAAAAGGUGGCUCUUGGGAAAUGAGACACUGCCAAGCCAUCUACAAUGAGAGUGGUGACCUGACAGGCCGGAGGUUUUUCACUCAUUUUCUGCCAUAGAAUGCUACUGGCAGUGUGACCUUGUUUGUAGCUUCAGCUUCCGAAAAUAUACAAGCCACUCUCAAAGGAAACUGAAUAUACUGAAGCUUGCUCUAGCGAGAGCUAUUACUGUUUCUAGUCACGGAAGCUGCUGGUAUGAGUCGACUCUGAUUUAUGAGUGUUCCUACGCAUGCUCAUGCCCACACACACAAGAAAAUACACAACUACACACUCACUGAACCCCACACACUUGAACAAUCUUAAAGGUUUUAUUCAGAGCUCUGUAAAUAAUGAGGGUUGGAACUGUAGGUGGACCAAACAUGUCAUCUUAUUUUGAAGAAUAUAGCUUUCUUUAUCAUUGGUGUAUUGCUGUGAGAGUUUCUGAAUCCAAAUGGAUUUAAAAGGUUAUGUGUUCCUCUAUUGUUCGAUCCUGAUAUAAAGCCUCCAUUAGUUCGUAAAUUAGUAUAUAAGAACUAAGUAUUUCAUGCUCUUCUGGUUCAUUCUUUCAAAUUGAUACAGCCCCUUUUACUGUGAUAAAAAAAAGAGUUUGAAACCCACGCCACUGUGGUCCACUGCUCUGCUUCAUAAUAUGUCAAUCAGCGCUGACAGCAGGAUGUAAGACAUGUGGGUAGUUGACAUGAAAUACUUUUGGAAAUUUGACAUGUCCUGUGGUCUGACAUGCCAUACCAUUUUGCCUAUUUCAUAUUUAUUAUGCAGGCAGCUUUGAGCUCAUAUUAAAGGGAUAUGCUCCCUCAUGUCUACUAACCCUCAUGUAGUUCUAAACCCAUUAGGGCUGGGCGACAUACCAGUAGACACGAUAAAUUGGUAGAAAUUUUACAACUUUUUCAUUUUGGAAUAUUGUCUUAUUUCCUUUGUUUCAUUACUUGGAGAAGAUGUUGAGUUUCUUGAGGAAAGUUUAUAACAAUCAUAUUACUAGUCAACAACAUCAGACUGAAAUGUGGCAUAAUGUGAAAAUUAGCAUUAUGGUAAGGUUGAUUUAAAACCAAAUUAUUAUUAUUUAUUUAUUAACUUUGACUAUGUUUGUCAAGUUCCAAAUAAAGAGAAAAUUAUAUGA